UCUCUCUCUCUAAAGCGAAAAACGGCGAGGAAGACAGGAGAAAAGCCGGGGCUGUUUGCAUCGCCUCAUUAGAUGCAGUGAGCAUGGCGCCAAACUGAAAGUCUGUUUCGCCAUUAAUGGCCCAGCACCUCCCUUUCCUGGAACCCAUAGAUACAGAUGCACAAGAGAAACCCCAUUUAUAGAUAGCAUCAGCAAGGCCGGGCUUGGAUAUAUCAUUAGAUUGAUAGAAAGAGAUAGACUGAUACUACUACAGUCUACACAGGAGAGAGAGAGAGAGAGAGAGAGAGAGAGAGAGAGAGAGAGAGAGAGAGAGAGAUCAAAGGAAGAGCACUAGAACACAACAACAACUAGUUAGUGGUUUGUUGUUAGUAUUAGAUAGCUAGGGUCCAAGGGGUCACCACAAAUGACUAGCGUCCUAGAAAGAUUGGGUCAUGGGGUGGUUCGCUAGUGUGGAGGGAUAGAGGUGUUGCUUGGCCGCUAGCCAGCCCGGCCUCCCCUCCCCACCCCCGGGCGGUCCCUAGAGUCAAACCGUAUUUCUAGGUCUCGGCAGCCGGCCCGGCCCCGGGGAUAUAUACACACGUCGUACACCACCGCCUGUGUGUGUAUGCUGUGUCGUCGGCGUGCGCCUGCAGCAGCGGCCGCAGCAGCACCUAGCAGCAGCCUGUAGUGCUUGCCGCGCGCAGUUGCAGCGACGAUCCGUCCACCGGUCCGUCGUCCGUCCAUGGUGAGCGGCGGCAGCAUCAAGGAGCAGCAGCACGAGAUGAACAUCUCCUUCGGGAUGAUGAACCACCACCACCAGCAGCAGCCUCCGUCCUCCUCCUCUUCCUCCUCCAUGCACGCCGCCGCUGCGAGCUUCAUCAGGAGCGGCAAGGAGGCGUCAGGGGCGUAUGACCAUCUGGGGGAACUGGACCAGGCGUUGUUCAUGUACCUGGAUCACGGCAGCAGCCAUGUCCAUGGCGGCACGCAGCAAGAGCAUCAAAGGCAGACACUCAACAUCUUCCCUUCCCAGCCCAUGCAUGUGGAGCCGUCGCCGAAGGGGGAGAUUAGUUUAGUCCUGUCCCCGGCGCCGGUGGGAUCCAAGCAGCCUGCUAGGUCACCCGACCAUCACCAUCACCAGCACCAGCAGGCGGCCAUGGAGGAGUUGGCGGGGAGCAGGAGGCAGCAGCAGGAGCACCACCACCUGCAGCACCAACCCUUCGCUGCUGCCGCUGCUGAGCCGGCAGCACCCGUCGGGAUGAUCAAAGAUGUCAAGCCACUGGCCAAGAAGGAUCAUAGGAGAGGCACAUCGACCAGUGAACGCGACCCAAAAACGCUGAGAAGGCUGGCCCAGAACAGGGAGGCUGCAAGAAAAAGCAGGCUAAGGAAGAAGGCUUACAUCCAGCAACUGGAGUCCAGCAGGAUCAGGCUAGCUCAGCUCGAACAAGAACUGCACACUGCAAGAGCUCAGGGAGUUUUCUUCCCCAACAGCGGUAUCCUCGCUGACCAAGGUGUCGCCGGCAAAGGCGUCCCCAUCGGCGGCAUCGACGGCCUCAGCUCAGAGGCGGCGAUGUUCGACGUGGAGUACGGGCGGUGGCAGGAGGAGCACUACCGGCUGAUGUACGAGCUGCGGGCGGCGCUGCAGCAGCACCUGCCGGAGGGGGAGCUGCAGAUGUACGUGGAGAGCUGCCUGGCGCACCACGACGAGAUGGUGGGCAUCAAGGAGGGCGCCAUCAAGGGCGACGUCUUCCACCUCAUCUCCGGCGUCUGGAGGAGCCCCGCCGAGCGCUGCUUCCUCUGGCUCGGCGGCUUCCGCCCCUCCGAGGUCAUCAAGAUGCUGCUGAGCCACGUGGAGCCCCUGACGGAGCAGCAGAUCGUGGGCGUGUACGGGCUGCAGCAGUCGGCGCUGGAGACGGAGGAGGCCCUGAGCCAGGGCCUGGAAGCGCUCUACCAAUCGCUGUCCGACACCGUCGUCUCCGACGCGCUCAGCUGCCCCUCCAACGUCGCCAACUACAUGGGCCAGAUGGCCGCCGCCAUGAACAAGCUCUCCACGCUCGAGGGCUUCGUCAGACAAGCUGAGAACCUUCGGCAGCAGACACUGCAUCGGCUGCACCAGAUCCUGACGACGCGGCAAAUGGCGCGGUCGCUGCUGGCCAUGUCGGACUACUUCCACCGCCUCCGCACGCUGAGCUCGCUCUGGGUCACACGCCCCAGGGCGCCGCAGGAGCAGCAGCAGGGCCACAGCUAGUGGCGUCGUCGUCGAUCUGCGGCGGCGGCUCUGAUGACCGCGCGCCGCGCGCAUAUGUCCAUCCAUGCAUAUAUGAGUCAUGCAUGGACGCAUGCUGCAUGCAUGCAUGGUGUGUUCGUCGUCGUUCGUCAUCGGUUCAAGGAACAGACCAGACAAGAAUAGAACUUGCAGGUAGUAGCUAGCCAGUGUUAGGGCCGGGGGAGAGAACUAGUGAGGCCGAGAAAUCAACCAAAGGAUGAUGUUAAAUCUUAAUUAGCGACGAGACUGUCGUUUGGUUGCUUGUAGCUAUAGCUCUAGGUGUACUUGAUCGUUCGAUAGCGAUCUAUCGGUCGACAUGGCUGAUUGAGAUGAUGUGUUCUGAAUUAGUUAUCUUAUAUGAUCACCGGAUGCGUAUGCUUCAUCGUCGUCUUCA